AGUUGACAACCACUCGUUUUAUCCACCUCAAAUCAAACUCACAAAUCAGAGAUCCCCACAAAAUCCACGACUGGUACGAUAAUAGUGACAACCAAGAUGAUGAGCCAUCGCUAUCGUCGUUUGCUAGUCCUUCUCUUGACAACUCUUUGUGUUCUGCUACUAGCAAGUGUUGUCAGCGGCACAGAAGUGAAAUGGACCGCCAAUGAAGCGGACAAUGAGGAAGAAGGGGGAAGUGGUCCUUUGCCAUUAAGUUCCAAGCAACGCCAACAAUUGCUGCAAUUGGAAGAAGUGAUUCGAACUUCCCCCAACCCCGAAGCAACCUUGAAGCAAGCAGCUGAUGCCAAUGGAAUGUCACCCCAAGACUUAAUGGCCAUGCUGCAGAGAAAUAGGAGUGAUCUGGAGCAGGGAGGUGGGGUAAAUACUGCUACUGCUACCAGUGCUGCAACCAUUGGAGGAUUUCUGAAAAAAGUGCUGACUGCCUUAUUUGCCGUUAUUGCCAAGUCAGCUACCCAAAAUCCAAGGGCUUUUGCCCUCAUUACCACAACACUGCUGCUCAUGACCAUGCUGGCAAUAUCGGCCCCUCGGACAGGUCUCAUCAUCUCCAGUCAACGAGGCAUCCUGUCACGGGGACCUACCACGCUCUUUCAGCCACCCAACAAAUUUCUAGAAAAACAGCUAUCAAAGCCAAAAUGGCAGCAGCACGAACCUAAAAGUCAAAAAAUUCAAGAUUCUACUUGGAAGGAUCUAAAUCUAUCAAUAGACAAUGACAAUAAUGAGGCUCAAGCAUGGCGCAAAAAAAUGCCAAAAGAUUCAGAUCUGGCCCAGGCAGCCACUUUUCAAAUCAAUAUUCCCAUUCAAGACUUUAUUGAAGACCAAGAUGACCAAGAAGAAGAUGACAACGAUAAUGAUGAAGCACUCGAGUUCUGCCACGACUUGUGCUACAACCAUGCCGUCGAUAUCAUCAACGCACAGCAAUUCACAGAGUUUGCUCCUGCCAAUCAACUUCGACUAUACACACUACAAAAAGGAGACAGUGGACGCAAACGAUUCUCUGUAUUGGUUGUCAAGAAGCUUGGUGAUUGGGGCAGAUUUGGGAUUGUACCUCUCUUGGUCACACACAAAAAUGAAAAUGAACGACAAACCAGUAUUUUAUACUCGGCUCUCAAAGGAGCUCCAUUUGCAGGACAGAUUCGAGUCACCGCAGAAAAACGAAAAGGCAAGAAAGGGGCAAGUCCAUCCGUCCUAAUUGUCGUACAUUUAGCAUUCCCAAAGAAAGCACAUCGAAUUCCAGGCAAGGCGGCUAUGAAGAUUGUGCAAACCAUGACAGAAUCCAUUGCAGCAUCACUCAAGACACGGACAAGACAAUCCAUUGUUCGGAGAUCACAGUCAUCGCAUUUCAAGGGAAAAGUAAAGGUCAGAGCCGAAGAACGACGGCAUACACGCUUCCAAAAAGAAAAGGAUCUAGAGGAAAUGGCAGAGGAUAGACGACGCAAAUGGCAACGCAACAAUCCAAACUCGGGACGAUACACACCCAGUGGUGAUCGGCAAAAAAGUCCAAACAAUUGUUAGACAAAAACCUACCGUUAGGUACAUCAGCUCGCUAGCUAGCUAGACCUACCGUUACACCAACAUUCAUCCAGUAAAAUCAACUAGCACUCUGCUGCAACCUUGCUGCGGCAAACCACUGAUCCCUCCGAUCGAGUACCUGUUCAAGGCCGAUCAACGAUCAACCACGCAAUCCAAAAGGAUCGAGAUGAAAAGGAAACACUCUGAUCCGGUGCCAGCACUCCAGCAUUAGAAGCAACCUGAAACAGGUCUCAAAGAGCGGUCAUCACUCGCGUGAGUGUUCAAUUCCAGCAGUCCCUACCGGUGCGGGUGUACAGUACCCCUCCACGUCUGAAAGAGUUCCAAAUGUGGGAGUAUCGGCAUCGAUACAGCCGAACACUUGUCUUCGAUGUUGGCAUUCGGAACAGGUACGGGCGGGCUGUCCCCGUACCUGCCUCGAGCUUGGCCAGCUAGCUCUAUAGCUCUAGCAAGGAGCUAGAUGGAGCAAGGAGCUAGAUGGAGCAAGGAGAUCUAGCUAGAU